GUUUAUGUGUUUUGGUGUAUUGCGGGUAAAAAGUAGGUUCCUAAACAAUCCCACAUACAUACUAAUCUAAUGCAUUAAUUGUUUAAUAAAAGCAGUAAACGAUAAAUAUAUGCAAAUUAUUAUUGGCUACAGGUGUACCCAUAAUAAAAAAAAAUACAUAUGAAAAAUGUCAACAGAACGCCGAGAUAUGUACUUACCGAACAUUUAUAAUUACCGAUCUGGCUGUUCGGGAAAAAGAGUUAAAAAUAAAAGCGUUUACUAUUUUGGACACAAUUUAUGAUACUGAGUCAGAAUUAGAACGAAAUGGGUCUGAAGAACUACUUGAUUACUUUCGUAGUUCUGCUGCCGAUGUCUUUGGCAGAUUACACCAGAGAAAUGGUUUGCGCCAUGACGAUGUACCCAAACGGCAUUGAGUUAGCCUGGGAGUGCGAAGAACACUUCCACAUGAUGUACUGCGGAGGCAUGUACUCUCCGAGGGACAUGCUGGCCACCAGGGUGCAGAUGUACAAGGAAAUUGGUUUCGUUGCUUUCCCAAGGUUUCGGUGCGGUGUGGCGGCUACCCUGAUGGCGAUGAAUAUGACCGACUAUUGCCGAGAAGAGCCGAUGAUGUACGCAUUUCCCAACUGGGAGCUGAACAACGCCACUGAGCCAUGGUCCAUGGUGAGCGUCAUCGACCUCCAGGUCGACGAGAAGUCCGUCCUCUGGGCUCUCGACUCCGGGAUCAUGAGCUCCCUCUGUGAGAAUCCUGUGAUUUAUUCUGCUCCAAGAUUGGUCUCAUUCUGCCCGAUUAGUGGUAAGAUGUUAAGCAGGAACGGUUUCACUAACUUGGUAUGCGCUGAUUCACGCCUACAGUUUAUGGAAGUGGAAAACACAGAGGAUGGGCAAACAUUCGUCUACAUAAGCGACGCUGGAACUUGCGCCUUGGUAGUCUGGAACGGGGAGGAAACCAGGGGGUUCAAGGUGGCACUUCCCCGGGACUCGACCGAUUACCCGCUGACGAAGGACGUCCUCUACAUCAGCCUUAUCAGGAGGGACGAGACUGGCCCGAUCCUAUACUUCACCUAUCUCCAUGGGACUAACAUGUUCUACAUAAGAACUUGUAAUAUCAGGUCCGGGAGGCUGAUCGGUUCAGUGGUGACGGUGGGGAUGAAGCCUGGACCGAUGCUGAUCCUGGGGACGGACAAGGCGAGCACGAUGUACCUGCGGCUGAAGAGCAGGCCGGAGCUGUUCAUGUGGAACACCUUCAGGCCGUUCAGACCCAAGUCCCUCAUCCUGCUGGAGCGGGCCGACAUGCCCUUCUACUCCACCCAGGUCAUGCCCGGCUACAAGCGGCUCCUCUGGACCCUCGAGUCCAACUACAACGACUACUUCAACAACACCCACGACUCCAUUGGACCCAGGGCUAAACUGAGACCGCUAUUCAAGUUCUGUGAUACCAAUUUUUGAUAUCAUCUGAAUAUAAUAAAUACACCAAUAGAAGAAACUUUUUGUUUUCUCUUUAAUAACUCUUACAUUACUAAUCAUUUC